AAAUAUUGUUUGGAGGGAUGAGUUCGAGGGACAGUCCUUAGAUCGGGACAAAUGGGAUGUCGACAACGAAAUUGUUAAAACCAAUUGCAGAGGCAAUUGGAUGCACCAAUUGCACUGUAACCUGGAUCAUCCCAAAAAUCUACAGUCAACGCACGGAUGUUUAGCCAUUACAGCCGCUCUUGAGGCCAAUCCUUACAUUUUGUUCAAUAAUAAGAAGUUUAGUUCAGGGACGAUUACGUCAAAAAAGGGUUGGACUUACGGCCGGUUUGAGAUUAGGGCCGCCCUUCCCAACGGGAAAAUGUUGAGACCGAUAGAUGUUAUGACAAAUAUCCAGGACUCUAGCCUGUAUGCCGGUGCCCAUUACGGGUUAAGCCAAAAUGGAAGCGUCCCGUACACCGGCGCUAAAUACAACGCCGUAUCCGUAAACCUGCAGAACUUUCAUACCUAUGCCGUCGAGUGGAAUGAAACACAUAUUCAGUGGUUUUUCGAUGACAAUAAAUAUUCAGGAGAUUUUGAUAUCAAUAAGACGUUAACCACUGAUUACACCAAAAAAGGACAGCCGUUUGACAAAGCAUUUAAGUUUACCUUAUCGUUAGGUGUGGGCGGGGAUGCCGAUUUUAUGUUCCCGGGAAUGACACUCACGGAGAGUGAUUACAUGUCAUGGAAGUGUUCGGCGAUUAUCAUCGAUUAUGUCCGCGUCUACGAGUGGGUCGACAACCAUACUGUCCACUCGGGUCAUAUUAGCAGUUUAGGUGACCGCACAUCCAGUGCCGAUAUAUGCGAGUCUGUCAUGUCGUACAUACGAUCGCCUGAUCAUACGGACGGCCACAGUCACACAACUCCCGGACCAAUUGAACCCACGUUUACACUGUCGCUCACGUUU